AUGUCCAAUCUUUCAAAGUUAGAGUUUGUGGCUCUUGACAUUUCGGGAAAAAAUUAUCUAUCAUGGAUUUUGGAUGCGGAGAUUCAUUUGGAUGCUAUGGGUCUUGGAGACACCAUAAAAGAUGGAAAUAAGGGAUCUUUACAAAAUCAUGCAAAAGCAAUGAUAUUCAUUCGUCACCAUCUUCAUGAAGCAUUGAAAAUUGAAUAUUUGACAAUUAAAGAUCCACUUGAGCUAUGGAAUAAUUUGAAGGAAAGGUAUAGCCAUUAUAAAACUGUGAUUCUUCCAAAUGCUCGUUAUGAAUGGAUUCAUUUACGUUUACAAGAUUUUAAAUCUCAGCAAUAUAGAGAGAAAGGUUUUAAGAAAUAUUCUGAGUUGAUUACAUGUCUUCUGGUGGCUGAGCAAAAUAACGAGCUUUUGAUGAAAAAUCAUGAGAUCCGUCCAACUGGUGCUAGUCCAAUCCCUGAAGUGAAUGAGAUAACUGGUAAAAAUGAUAAACGACAGCACAGACAAAAAUUUAAUCAUGGUCGUGGUCGUGGCCGUGGUCGUGGUCGUCGAUACGGAAAUGAUCGAUCUGAAGAAAAUCAUGAUGGUUAUAAUAAAAGAAACACAACAACUCACCAGAAGUGGGUUAACAAUAAUGUCCAUCAAAAGUGGACAAAUGACAAUGGUAAAAGGGUUCAAAGUGGACAAGAUAAUGACGAAAAGAAAUCAGAAAAUUCAUGUUAUAGAUGUGACAUGAAAGGACAUUGGUCACGUACUUGUCGUACGCCAAAAUACUUUAUUGAUCUCUACCAAGCCUCUUUAAAGGGCAAGACAAAAGAUAUAGAGACAAAUAUUGUCUUUCAAGACAAUAAUAUAAUUGUUGGUCCUUCUAUGACAACACAUUUGGAUGUUUCUGAUUUUCUUUACAGAUCCUGA